UAUGAAAAUAACUCCUCGUUAGGUAAAUUAGUCAGGGUCAGCCUUUCUGGACACCAGACCGGCCGCUGUGGAGCAGCGUACCUGAGGACUGAGAGCUAUCUCGCCCUGUGCAGAGGCUGCAGAAGUGUGAACACAUCCUGUUUACAUCUGCCACCCGGCUGGCGCAGCGGAGGGGAGCGUGCGGCGGAGGAGGCAGCUGAGCGUGCAGGGAGAGCCGGCCCUGCCAUGGAGGCGCUGCCCAUCUACCACGGGGGCAUCAGCCGAGAGGCCGGGGAGAAGCUGCUUCUGGCGGCGGGCACUGAUGGCAGCUACCUGCUGCGGGACAGUGAGAGCAUCCCAGGGGUCUACUGCCUCUGCGUGCUGCAUCAGGGUUACGUUUAUACCUACAGAGUGUCCAAGACAGAAACUGGAUCUUGGAGUGCAGAGACGGCGCCUGGGGUACACCGGCGGCUCUUUCGGAAAGUGCACAACCUCAUUUCGGCCUUCCAGAAACCUGACCAAGGCAUCAUCACACCCCUGCAGCACCCAGUCGUCAACCACGCAAAAGUUGCGUGUCCCCCAGGGAGAAAUGACAGCCGUGACUUCUACCUGCAGCCAGCACGAAGCCAUUUCCCAGAGUGACAUGACUGUACCUUCCAGUACUGCCUCUAGUCCAUGCUCUAGAACAGAACAAGCUAUAAGAUAGUAAAUACAACUCUGUGAGUUUUCAUGUAACAUUUGCAGAAAUGUGUUUCGUAGUAUUUCUAUCUCAAGAUUUAGAAGUUUUUAGUUUCAGAAUGUGUGGAUUAUUUUUUUUCUUUUCUUUUCUUUUUUCUUUUUUUUUUUAAUAAGAGAGAAGACAAAAAAAUCAAUUACUAAAUGGUGUCAUAUCUUUUUUUUUUUUUCCUCUUUUAAUCCUAAAUUCAAAAUAUUUUCUCACCUCAAGACUAUUUUCUCUGUUUCACAUGACUUGACUGACUUUGGACUCUUCUGUGCUUUGUUCUGCUAGAAAUUUAUGCAACACUGGGCAACGCCCCUUCUGUAGGCUUUUAUUGAGGUGUCCUUGCCUUGAACACAGACUUGCUGUCUGUGUGACUAUCAUUCAUACAGGGCCAAAAAUAUUACGGAUAUGGCCCCAGGAGGAUCCCGACUUCUCCCAUCAUACUGGGCACUCUGUAACUCACCAAAACCAGCCAGCACUGCCUCCAUAUACAAAAUUUAUACUUUAUGCAGACACUUGAAGCUUUUGCAAUGUGCUGAGUAGAUGAGAACAAGUAGUGAAGAACAUAAUUCUUUGGUUUUUAGAUACUCUCUGUACUUGAAAAAAAAAAGCAGCCACUGCAUAUAAUUUUUUAAAAAUAAAUUAUUUUUGCAUCAUA